AUGCGUCUCUCGGAUGCUCACGUGUUGAUGACAGAGCCCUUGAAGGGCGAAGAUGCCAAAUGGACUAGAUUAAUUUUGACAACGUUCAAAGAUCCCUUGGGGACACAACGUACUUGGGAACAUGCUGAGCGCCAGACACGGCCAAAGUCCUCUUCUGUUGAUGGCGUAGGCAUCGUAGCUGUUCUCAACUUACCCAACGGUCCCGAGCUCGUACUUCAACGGCAAUAUCGACCACCAGUCAAUGCAGUUUGUAUAGAGAUUCCUGCAGGUCUCGUAGACGAGGGGGAGACUCCAGAACAGGCAGCUUUACGCGAACUGAAAGAAGAGACGGGUUACAUAGGCGAAAUCUCAAUGUCUACAUCCGUUAUGCUGAAUGGUACAACCUCGUAUUCUCAUCCAGGAUUUUGUAACACCAAUCUAAAGAUGAUUCACAUGACGAUAGAUAUAAACAGGCCAGAAAAUCAAAAUCCCCAGCCAGAAUUGGAAGAGAAUGAAUUCAUUGAAGUAUUCACACUCCCGUUAAGAGACUUAUACUCUCACUGUGAAAAGUGGGAGAAAGAAGGUUAUGCACUCGAUGCUCGAGUUGCCACUUUAGCGGAGGGAAUUGAGAUGGCCAAAAGAUGGGGGUUGUAG